UCUGCAGGGGGAGCAGAUCGCCAUGCAGCCCUGGAACACUCCGCCUCAGACAACAGCUUCAUCCUUCAGGACUUCAGCUCCCCCCGCGGCACCUUUGUCAACAGCUGCCAGAAGAACUCAAGAUGCUGCCUAGGUAAAGCUACAUCAUGCUGGAGCAGUGAGCAGCUGGAUUCCCAAGGGCAGUUUCAGUGUUUUAGGCACACGGUCCCUGUGGGUUUUCAGGCACUUUGGGGCCGUGCUCUCCCUUUUUGCGGAUCCCGUGCUCCCCGCUCACCGCAGCAUUGCCCCCAGACUACAACUCCCGGCAGCCACCGCGCGGGCGCGCCCCUUACGUCAUCUCCGCGCGCCGCCGCCAUGGUGCAGCUGGGGAGCCGCCUGCUGAGGGGCCGCGGCGGCCACGUCGUCAUCCGCUUCGCGCUCGGGGGCUGCACCAACCGCCCGUUCUUCCGCCUCGUGGCUGCCAACAGCCGGCGCGCCCGCGACGGGAAGUACCUGGAGCAGCUGGGCUGCCUGGACCCGCUGCCCAACGCGCACGGCGAGAAGGUGGCGGGGCUCAACCUGGAGCGGCUGCGCUACUGGCUGGGCUGCGGCGCGCAGCUCUCCCGGCCCGCCGAGAAGCUGCUGGGGCUGGCCGGGUUCCUGCCGCUGCACCCCAUGACGGUGACCGGCGCCGAGAGGCUGCGCCGGCGGCGGCAGCGCGAGCAGCAGACACAGGCUGCCCCCGCCGAGGGCUCGGCUGAGCCCGGCAGCGGCACCGCGGCCUGACACGGCCCGGCCGGGAGGGGCCGGGCGCCCCGGGACAGCAUCGACCCGGGAUAACAUCGACCCGGGAUAACAUCGACCCGGGACAGCACCGGCCCGGGACAGCUCCGGCCCCGAGGGCUCUCCGGCCCUGUCGGUGCGUCUGACCCCAUUAAAAUGUUACCUCUG